AUGUUCAAUAUUUCCUCCUUUGUGCAGCGUAUGCACGACAACUUGUCGUCUAUCAAGGACACUGUCAGCGGGCUGUCAACAGAGAGCCACAAUACCCAGCUCGAUGAGCUCGAGCAGCAACGGGACUCUCUUCUGGCCGGGCUCCGCACCAUUUUUGACCAGGAGCUGGAGGAGGCAAAGGCCAAGCGUCAAGUAGAGCUUGAUGAAAUCAAGGAAAGGAGAAGAAUAGAGGACGAGGAGCGGGAAGCUCGACGCAAGGAGGAAGAUGAGACACUCCAGAACAGAAAUGAUGCUGAGGACAUCGCUCGGCAAGAGAAGCUCGAUGGAGACGUCAAGCUAGUCGACGAGGACACGGACAAGAAGAUGGACGAGAUUGAGGAAGCUGCAAGAGCACUGAUUGAUGGUGCGAAACUGAAGAUAUCCGCUCUCGAAGACCAACGAAAGGAGAUCAACCAAUUGAUCGAUGAACAUCUUCAAAUUACUCUGCCAGAGAUGCCAACUCGAAAGAGGGGCCGAGUUGAGCAGCCAACUGAAGCUGCCGUGGCGGAAACCCAAGUUGAAGCUGUCGUUGAGAGCCCCGAGCCGGCUGCUGAACCUGCUGUGGAAACUGAAGAAGAACCGGCUGCCGAGGAACCAACAACUGAGGCUACUGAAAAUGCUACUGAAGCCGUUAACGAGCCAUCAGAGGAAUCUGCAGCAGAGCCGGUCGACGAGCCGGCCACUACUGAUGCCAAGUCGAUCGAGGAGGUGGCACCUGAAGAGCCUGCUGCCGAGACUCCUGAACCUGCUGUCGAAGAACCUGCUGUCGAAGAACCUGCUGUCGAAGAACCUGCUGUCGAAGAACCUGCUGUCGAAGAACCUGUUGUGGAAACACCUACUGUCGAAUCUGUCCCUGCUGAGCCGAUUGAAGAAUUAGCUACCGAGAACGCCACUGAACCUGCCGCCGAACCCGCCGAGUCCGCCCCCGAGGUUGCUACUGAAGCCGCCACUGAAUCCGUCGCCGAACCAGUUGUUUCGGAACCAGUCGAGGAACCUGCUACUGAAUCUACCGUCAAUCCUACCGCUGUUGAGUCGGUAGAUCUUGCUGUUGAGACUGCUGUUGAACCGACUACCGCCGAGAUUCCUGCUGAACCCGCCGCUGAGCCUGCUGCCAUUGAUUCUGCAGAACAAUCUGCCGCGAACGCGGUUGCUGAUGCUGAUACCGUCCCCGAGCCCGUUGAGGAAUCCGCGACGGAAGCUAAGGUCGAACCAACCAUCGCCGAGCCGGCAGAGGAGCCAGCGGCCGAGACUGCUAUGGAACCAUCAGCCGAACCCGCCACCGCCGAACCAGUCGACGAGACAGUCAUUGCAGCUGAACCCGUCACAGAGCUCACCACUGCUGAGUCGGUAGAAGAGCCUGCUCCUGAAGCUACCGCUUCUGAUCCGACAGAGGAAAAUGUCCCUGGAUCUGUUCUCGAGCCAGUAGAGCAAGCCGUUAUUGAAUCUGCCUCUACUGAGCCGGUAGAGGAAGCUACUAUCGAAGCUGUUGAUGAGCCUAUCGCCGAGCCGGUCGCCGAAGUUUCCACCACAGAACCUGUUGCAGCAGAAGACGCAGCCAUUGCAUCCUCUGAGGAGACUGUCACUGAGCCUGUCACCGAGUCUGUCACCGAGCCUACUGCUGAAGUAACAGAAGAACCUUCUCAUCAGUCCACCGAGCCUGUUGUGGAGCCUGCUACUGAGUCGGUAAAUGAAGUUGCUGCUGAGACUAUUGGUGAAGCUCCUCUCGAAUCUACCUCCAAGGCCACUGUCCAGACUUCUGAGCCUGCUGCCGAGUCUGGACAAGAUUCUGCCACUGAAUCCGCGAUCGAGGAUAAGCAACCAGUAGACGAAAUUGCUCUUGAAACUGCCGAAGCAGCCGAGCCUUCUGUUGAGGCAACAGCCACCGAAGUCCCCGAAGCCACUGUCGAGACUGAGACCGUACCCGUAGACACACCUGUGAAGGCACCAGCAGCAGAGGAGCCUGUUGCAGAGGAGCCUGUUGCAGAGGAACCUGUUGCAGAGUCUGUAGAGGAGACUGUCACGAAAGCUGUCGAGGUUCCAGAGAGCCAAGAAUCCGUAAAUGCUUCCGAGGCCACACAGGAUCCCACUGGGGAGCCUACUGAGGCUCCUGUAGCCACUCAGCCAGUAGAGGAGUCUGUUGCCGAGGCUUCUGAGACCGCCAAGGACAUCGAAAUCAUCGAAACAGAACAGGUUUCCGAAGUUGUUGAUUCCACACAGCUUGCAAAUGAACCAACUGUUUCUGCUGAAAACGUUAUGGAAGCAUCUGUCGCUGAUGCUGCUCAACCGGCCGAUGAGAAGGUUGAGAUUGUAGCCGAAGCACCUGCCAUCCCUGCCGCCAAUGAAGUCGUAUCAGAAGCAUCGGAGGAAGUCACAGCUCCCAUUGAGACGGCUAUCGAGACUACUCAAUCAAUUGAGCCCGAGGACACAACAACUGAAGCAGCGAGCGAAGAGGUCCAACAGGAAAAGCCGGAUACAAUCACAGACGUCCAGCCCGCUGAAGACAUUGCAUCUGUACCUGCGGAACUCGAUCUAACUACCAAGAAUGCCACCACGCAUCCUGAGGUGGACGAGUCCAGUUCCAACGACGAGAUUGUCGAGCCCAUAGCCGCCCAGGAGGACUCUGCUGUCGAGCCUACUGAGGGUGUUGAAGAAGUCCCGAAAGAGAUGGUUGAGCCAGUCCAAGACACUACAGAAGAACUUGCCACAGCACCUGUUGAAGCCCCUGUCGAGGACCUUGCCCAAAAGUCUACGGAGAUCGUGGAGAAUCCUGUUGUUGAAGAAAGCACUCAGGAACCUGUAGAGUCUGUCCAGGAAUCCGUUGAGCAAGUCAUUGAGAAGCCUACAGAGAUUGUCCCUGAAGAUACUAGCAAGACGCCUGCUCCAGAGACUACCGAGGAAGUCCCUCAACAGACUGUCGAAGUGAUCCAGGAUGUUGUCCACGAGCCCGUGGAGGUACCAGCCCAAGAGACUACUGAAGCUAACCAAGAAGAAGCCACCGAGUUGUCUGUUCUGGAAGCUCCUACAAGUGAUGCCUCUAUCAGUGUGCCGGUCGAUGACACACCCGCAGAGGGUGUCACUGUUGAGCAACAUGAGCACAUUUCGCACGAUCAGCCGACCAUCCCUGAGUCCAUGUCUGCCGUAAAGAUUGCUGAGGAGCCUAAAGAAUCCACUUACACCGAAGAUGUGAAAGAAAUACAACUUUCUUCAGUGCCCACCGCACCAGCUGAUAAUGUCGAGACCGACACGGCUGAAUCAACGGAGCAGAGCCAGCCAAGCACAGCAGAUACCACACUGGAUUCGGAUGACCUUGUCCAAGACAGUACUGACAACAGCGAGCUGCUCGAGAAAGAUGCAGGCGAAGAGAAAGCCGAUGUCAACAAGACACGAGACACAUCGGCGAAGAGCAUCCUUGAUACUCAGGAAGGGGCCAAGGGGGCACUAGAGUCGGCGCGGAAUGAAGACGCAAAGAGCAACAUUGAAGUUGUUCCUGCGAUAAAUGUAGCUCGUAUUCCCACUGACUCUGCGGAUGGAUCCCCUUUCGAAGCAAAAGAUAUGCCGACAUCUGAGUCCAAAGACAUGCCCAACUUUGAGUCUGCAAACAAAUAUAGCAAUGAAGCGGACACAUCAGCAUCAGGACGUCUGGAAGACGAACAAGUUGGUACCUCCCCCCGAAACCCGGUUCAACCUGGUAUCUCAACUCUGACUGACACGCAAUCAGAUUAUGCUGGACGAUCAGAGCCUUCCCGGGAGCCCGUCACGGAUUCGCCUCCGGAUGCGGAGCGACAGUCAGCGCAAGCAAUUGGAGACACAGUGGAACACCAGGAAAAAGCAGAUUCGUCUUCAGCUGAAAGGUCCAACCCAGUAGAGUUGACCGACAAGUAUAUACCUCCCGUCGUCACACAGACGGCCAGCUCCUCGGGAAACACCAAGCUGGGUCAUCGUCCCUUGCCACCAAUUCCUGCCGAUGAACACCAAAGAGAAGUUUCCGCAUCGCCACUACCGGUCGAGAACGUCACUGUACAGGGUUCUGACGAUCUGUUCGAUGACGAAACCGCCUCAUCUCAUUUUAGUGAUGAGGAAGACUCCGAGAUCAUCGAUUCGUUUCCAGUUGCCCACGGCUCCAACAGUUACAUGAGAGAGUCAAGUCCUGCCCAGUAUGACGGAGCAAGCUGGGGUGAAUUGACGGACCGAUCCACCGACGAACCCUUCAAGGCUGCUACAACUUUCCAAGAGGAGCAGACUCCAACGCAAAGCAAGUUUGACUUUCCCCGGAGCUUUGGGAUCCGAGCAGUCGGUGGUUCUGGCCAUGAGGAAGAUGCUCUAUCUGUUGGCCGUGCACGAACACCUAGCCUAGCUCCUAGUGUACUGGGAAACAACCGCGAGGUCAGUCCUCUCGUGUUACAACCUGGUACUCCCAACAGAGGAGGACUGGCUGCCAGCAGACACGCUGCUCUCACACCGACCAGACAGUAUGAACCAGAAGUGGAGCCCGAAGCCGAGGCCGAUCCUUCACAAUUUGCACCUCGCGAUGUCACGCACGUUUUCUGGCACGCACGCAGUCCGAGCAGCCUCUCGACAAGGCCUUCGUCACCGGCCCCUUCGUCCUUGUCUGUUGACAAGCGCGAGCCUGCAAUUCAAGAUUCCUGGCAAGGAUCAGUCAGUGGGCGGUCUCGAGCCAGUACCCAGAUGACAGACCCAUAUGGCGAUGAUGAGUUUGAUCCGUUUAAAUAUGACAGCGCCAAGCCUGCUCCGUCUGACUUCAGCUCUUCACGGCGAAGUGUACUCAUCCACCCACCAGUCAUGGAGUCACAUCGCUCCGUCUCCGGUUCUCACGCACCUGCCGGCUCGCACAUGUUCCAGAAACUUCGUAACAUGUUCGAGGCACCAGGCGGCAAUUCUGGUGAGGGGGCCAGCAGCGCAUCAACCAUCCCAUCGCAAUCUGAAUCCAUCACGGUGCCCUCCAUCAACCGCAAGCGGAGCUCUUCCCAACUCCACGAAGCACGUCCCUCUAUUGACUCUAGCCAGAAGUCUGCCAGGAAGACGUUCUCGAGGGAGCGAGACGACAAGUCAAGCGAACGCAAGCCUGACGGCUUAAACACGCAUUAUGAUAAUGAAGACUAUGAGGACGAAUACGACGAUGUGGGGCCAAUCAACGGGUCACAGGCAAGUGGUGACUUUCGCCUCGCCUGGCUGUUCGUGAGUGGCUGGCGACAGCGUCUGAGUACUGGAUAUGAUCUUGUUGAGAUGCACAAGAGGGAAUGGGAUUUGGAGGAUGCGGACGUGGAAGCGGAGACAGACGGGCAGUCUAGCAAGCGGUCUUCGUGGUUUUCAUUCUAG